AUGGCUGUUGGCGGCUCCUGGACCAAUUCCGCUUUGGAGUCUCUAGAGCUGCUCUUGGAUACGCACUUUCCUGAAAAUCAGGAAGAGUGUGCUCCGAAUAGUCAUUUUGGCAGGUCCAGCGCGGGAGCAGUGAUGACUGAGAGGGGAAUACUUUGGGCCAUUCGCGGCUUUGAUCCAUUUAAGUCGGCUGGCCCUGACGACAUAGUGCCAGCAGAACUACAAUGCGCUGCAGAGGUCAUCCUUCCUUGGCUUAAGAUCAUCUAUGAGUGCUUUCCUUUAACGACUGUAGAAGGUGUGUUAGGACGUCAAGCGAUGCUGCCAUGUGACAUAGCUCCAAUGGAGCGAGAUGAUGCUGUAUAUAUGGUUUUGUGGUUUCGUGAAGGCGAUGGUGAACCUUUAUAUAGUUUUGAUGUUAGAGGUCGGCAAUUUGGUCAGGCAAAAUUAUGGUCAUCUCCGUCAGCAUUUGGCCAAAGAGCAUAUUUUAGUAGCACAUCACAUCCAGCACAACUAAAAGUAGAUAAUGUCAAAUUAACAGAUGAAGGAUUAUAUAGAUGUAGAGUAGAUUUUCGUAAUUCACCAACUCGAAAUGUUAAAGUGAAUCUCACCGUUAUAGUACCUCCUGAGAGGCCAAUAAUUUUUGAUGCAAAACGGCAUGAAAAAGCAAAAACAGUAGAGGCAUAUAAUGAAGGAAGUGAUGUGGUACUGAUUUGUGAAGUUCAUGGAGGUCGACCGCGUCCAAAUGUUACCUGGUAUUUAGAUAAUACAGUUAUAGAUGAAUCAUUCGAGCAUAAACCAGAUGGUACAACGGUGAAUCAUUUAUCAUUUCCAAAUAUUGGACGUCAACAUUUAGAUUCACGUUUAGUAUGCAUGGCCAGUAAUACAAAUUUAACACCACCGAAUAGUAAAGUUGUGAUUUUGGAUGUAAAUCUUAAACCAAUCGCUGUACAUAUUUUAACAAAAGAGAAAUUCGUUUCGGCAGAAAGAACUUAUGAUAUUGAAUGUAAAAGUUCAGGCUCGAAGCCAGCUGCAAUGAUCACUUGGUGGAAAGGAAAUAAACAAAUUAAAAGACUGGCAAAAAAUUUUUCAGAACCAGACAAUCAAUCUUUAAGUAUUUUGACAUUUACACCAACAAAAGAGGAUGAUGGAAAAUAUUUGACUUGUCGAGCUGAGAAUCAAUUCAUUCCAAGUAGUGACAUUGAGGACAAGUGGCGGCUAGUUGUACAUUAUGCACCAACAGCAGUUAUGAGAAUGGGUACAACUUUAAAUCCCGACGAUAUUAAAGAAGGUGAUGAUGUGUACUUUGAAUGUCAUAUUCAUUCUAAUCCCCGCCCAUAUAAGAUGUCAUGGUUUCAUAAUGGUAACGAAUUACAUCACAAUGUAUCAGCUGGUGUAAUACUUUCAGAUCAAUCAUUAGUUCUUCAAAAUGUAAAUCGUGGUGCAGCAGGUGAUUAUACAUGUUUAGCAGCAAAUACAGAAGGAAAAGGAACCAGUAAUGCUGUUACUUUAAAAAUUAGGUAUGCACCAAUUUGUAUUCUUGAACAUGAAGAACUAUUAGGUGCUCUAAAACAUGAAACAUUGACAUUAAAAUGUGAAGUUGAUGCAUCUCCACCGGCUGAUUCAUUUCAAUGGACAUUUAAUUCAUCUGGUGAACAAACUGAGCUUCCGGCCAAAUUACAUUCAAGUGAGACGGGUUUGUCACGCCUUAAUUAUACACCUACAUCCGAUCUAGAUUAUGGUACAAUUUCUUGUUAUGCCAGAAAUUCAAUUGGUCAACAGAAAACACCGUGUGUUUUUCAAAUUAUAGCAGCAGGAAAACCAUUUCCAUUACAAAAUUGUUCAAUAUCAAAUCAGUCAAGUGAUUCAUUACAAGUUGAAUGCAUUGAAGGUUUCGAUGGAGGCCUACCACAAGGAUUUAUUCUUGAGUUAGUUGAAAUGCAGAGUCUUCGCCUUGUAAGAAAUUUAAGUUUACAGAGACCUCCAGUAAAUUUUUAUGUUGAAAAUUUGGAGCCUGGAACCUCAUAUCGUAUUAUUUUAUCAGCUGUAAAUGCAAAAGGUCGCUCUGAUCCAACAAUAAUCGAUGAUAUUACAUUUAAAGGUGUUGCAAAAUAUACUGGUCCAUCGAAUGGUUUUAUGACAGUGCCGUUGUCACCAUUUUUAGCUGGAUUAACAUUAUUUGCAGCAUUAUUAUUUGCUAUUGCAUGUAUAAUUUUAGCGGCAUUAUAUCGUCGUUAUUCAAAUAAAAAUAGUGAAGCAAAUUUAAAAUCAACAAAACAUACACAGCUGCCCAUAAUGCCAUCAGAUUGUCAAUUGGAUCCACUUCAACCAACAAUACCAAAUCAUCAUCAUAUACAAAAUCAUAAUCAUCAACAACAAAAUCAUCAUCAUCAUACAAGAAAUUCUAGUGGAACAUCAACAACACCAUUAGGCAAUAAUGGUAUAAUUGGUCCAAAUAGCGGAAUUAAUUCUGGAGGUGGUGGUGGUUUGGUUAGUGGAGGUAGUGGUAUAUUAGGUAGUAGUAGUAUCAUAACUGGUAUGGGUGGACCAGAAUGUCAUUUAAUACAUAGACAAAGCCCACAAAUAUUAGGUGAUCCGCCUGAAGGUGAUGACACCGAUCCAGAUGUUAUACCAAAUCAGUAUGAAAAACGUCCACUUAAGUUACAGGGACAAAAUCCGCUCUUCCGUAGUCCGUCAGCACGUUUAAUACAGCGUGAUGGUAGUAUAAUAGAUGACAGCAGCAUUAGAAUAGGAUGUACAAAUACAUCAACAAUAGACAGUGGCUGUGGUACUAGUGUUGGCGGUACAACAAAUACAACCAUUGUAUCUAGUUUAGGUUCAUUAAUCGGUAAUACUUCAGCAAAUGAAGUUUUACAUUAUACAUUUAGGCCUAGUAAACAAAAUAGUUAUGCAACAUUAACAAAAAAUAAUCGUGGUAUAACUACAUGUAGUCCAUCAAUAAAUUCACAAUAUCAAAAUAGUCAGCCACCUCAGCCCCAACCAAUGGAAGUUAGUUUACUUAAUCCAAAUAAUCAAUCGGUAACAUCAUCAUUAAGUGAAUACCGGUUUCGACCCGAAGUUGUAACAACAUCGAACCGAAUACAGGAAAGUUGUAUAUAAAAAUAUAAAAUAAAUAUAUAUAUAUAAAAAAAGUCUUAAAAAAAUAUCUAAAUUAUAAAUUAAUUUAUAAAAAAAAUAUAUAUAUAUACAUAUAUAGAAAUAUAUAGAAAAUUAAUAAAGUUUUAAUUAUAAGGAUAAUAGUAAACUAAAAUGUAUUAAAAUUAAAAAAAGAAAAAUUAAUUAAAACAUAAA